UUCUGGUUCAGAGAAGCUCAGUCUGUGGCUUCGGCCACUUCCGGUUCCGGCGAUCAACGGUGCUUGGUGGAGAUCGUGAGCCGGAUGACUUCAUUGGAAGCUGCCACAAUAUCCUGACCCACAAUGCAUAACUCAGAUUGGAAUUCAUCCUCGUACUGUCUUGAUUGGAAACCAGGACGGGGGCUGAAUUAUGCUUCAUUAGUUGGAUUUGUAUGAGUACAGAGUAAGGAACAAGGUAGCAUUGUACAUAUUACAAAGAGAGGAACAAGAUAGUAUUAUUUUUAGUAAACAGGUGGAAUGUGCUUAAUUAUUGUAAUUUUUUUAAAUUCAGGUGGUUUUGCAUUGGACCGUUUGUCUUUAGAGAUCAGCUAAAGUGAUGAACUGUCGUAAAAAAAGUAGCAUGAAGUGUUUUGGAGCAUGUCACUUCCAGAAAAAGCAAGAAGAGGUGAACAUAUUAAUAAGACAGGAGGUAGAGAUAUGGCAAUAGUGUAGAGACUUGUGGCUAAGUCUGUCUCUGUAGGGUGCUCAAAAGGAAGGAUCUUUAGUUUCAGGAAAGAGAUGUUUAAGUAUAAUUUUAGCAGUGUCACAUUAAAGGAAAAAGUGAGCUUGUGUUUCAAGAGGUGAUGAAGAGGACUCCAGGAAAGUGUUAUUAGAUUGAUAGAGUCAUUAAGAAGAUACUGCUGAUCCAAGCUAUUGAUGGAAUGUAAUUAUAAUAGCAGGAGAACUCUAGUGCAACCUGCUGUAGGUUAGCUGUCUCAUUUCUGGUUGAAUUUGACACCCCAAGGGCAAAAUAAACCCCCAAAGGAUGGAAGAGGUUAAAACCCAUAGUUCGGUUUCCCCUUCAGGACUGUUUCCAGAAUGGAGUCUCGCCUUCUGGACACUGUGUGCUGUGAUCGUGCCAAUCCUGCUCACUUUGUGGUGCAGCUUCCGGCGAUCCCGGCGGCAAGGCCAAGUGCAGGAUAUCUUGCGCAAAAGAAAGCAUGACUGGCAAGACACCGACCUCUUCAGCCAGCCGACCUAUUGCUGCAUCUGCGCUCAGCACAUCCUUCAGGGCGCUUUCUGCAACUGCUGUGGGCUUUGUGUGGAUGAAGAGUGCCUGAAGAAAGCUGACCGUCGUUUCCACUGCAAGGAAAUCAUGACGAGGGGAGAAGGCAGCAUCCGGACUUCUAUGGUGCACCACUGGAUCCGAGGCAACGUCCCGCUGUGCAGCUAUUGUGUUGUGUGCAAGCAGCAGUGUGGUACCCAGCCCAAGCUGUGUGAUUACAGGUGUAUUUGGUGUCAGCAAACAGUACAUGAUGAAUGCAUGCAGAGCUCCUUGAAAAAUGAGCAGUGUGGACUGGGAGAGUUUCACAACCUCAUCAUCCCUCCAUAUUACUUGUUCAGUGUCAGUCAGAUGCGUAAAGACAAACACACAGACUAUGGGAAGCUAGUCUCCAGCUGUGGGAAAAAUUGGACUCCUCUGAUCGUUCUGGCUAAUACUCGGAGUGGAAACAAUAUGGGGGAGACAUUGAUGGGCCAAUUUAAAAGCUUGCUAAACCCUAUUCAGGUUUUUGAACUGACCAAAACCACCCCAGCAAAAGCACUCCAGCUUUGCACCUGGCUGCCUUCCAAUUCAGCUAGAGUGUUAGUCUGUGGCGGAGAUGGCACCGUGGGCUGGGUCUUGGAUGCAAUUGAUGACAUGAAGAUUAAGGGUCAAGAGCGGUACAUCCCCCAGGUGGCAAUCUUGCCUCUGGGGACAGGUAAUGAUCUCUCCAACACCCUGGGCUGGGGGGCUGGAUAUGCCGGAGAGAUCCCAGUGGAGCAGAUUCUGCGCAAUGUCAUGGAUGCGGAUGGAAUCAAGUUGGACAGGUGGAAGGUCCAAGUAACCAAUAAAGGAUACUACAAUUUAAGAAAACUAAAGGUCUUCACAAUGAACAACUAUUUUUCCAUAGGGCCAGAUGCUCUCAUGGCCUUAAACUUUCAUGCUCAUCGUGAGAAAUCUCCCUCUCUGUUUUCCAGUAGGAUCCUUAACAAGGCUGUUUAUUUUUUCUAUGGAACCAAAGAUUGUUUAGUACAGGAAUGUAAGGAUUUGAACAAAAAGAUUGAGCUAGAGUUGGAUGGAGAGAAAAUCGACCUGCCCAGUUUGGAAGGAAUCAUAGUGCUGAAUAUCGCCUACUGGGGAGGUGGCUGUCGAUUAUGGGAAGGAAUGGGAGAUGAGCUUUACCCGCUGGCAAGGAAUGAUGAUGGAUUACUGGAAGUUGUUGGGGUGAAUGGCUCCUUUCACUGUGCACAGAUUCAAGUGAAGCUUGCAAAUCCCAUCCGGCUGGGUCAGGCCCACACUGUGAGGCUGAUCCUGAAGAAUUCCAAGAUGCCAAUGCAAGUGGAUGGAGAGCCCUGGGCACAAGGCCCCUGCACAGUGACAAUAACUCACAAGACCCACGCACUGAUGCUCUAUCACUCAAGCGAACAGACAGACGAUGAUGACGAGAUCUCCAGUGUAUCUGAGCAGGAGCCGUUAAAAGAUCAGACGGAUGAAGAUACAUAGGUCUUGGCCACAAUUUCACUUACUAGCUGGUAGUGGUAACACAGCUUGACUUUCACAGAUGAGCUUUGUACUAAAUAUUCUGGCUAUAGUAAACCUCUUAAGGCCGUGCCAUCUCUGUACUUACCUUUGGCAUGGGAGUUAACCAAGCCAUGCUUUUAGCGACUGAAGAAAGCUAAUCCAGGCUUAAGAUCAGCAUAUAAAUUUGCUUUAGUGCAUAUUGUAAUGCUGAAGUAGAGAUGAGAAUCUGGGAGAGGCACUUUCA